UAGAAUCCGAUCCUGUGUGUGCUAUUUGAUAUGCAGGAUCUAAUUUGAUGGAAUUUGUACAGGAAUGCAGGUGAUUGUAGUCACGUGGAUGUUCAGGCUGUACUACGCUUUAAUAAAUAUAAGUUCUAUUAUAUAUUCUAGAUGCUUCAGCUUCGUUGUAAAUGAUUGUUUUACUGUGAAACUAUUAGCAAAUUUAAUACUCUCUAAAUACUUAGUAUUUUACUCUCAUUCUUCUAACACAUCAAUUCUCCAACCGAGAACUAGCCUGAAUUUAUAGCUGAGAUCAGCGGUAAAAUUUGCUGCAAAAUUUUCCCGAAGCUCAUCUAUUGCCCCCAAUUCCGCUCCUAAUUCCCCUCCUAAUUUCGCUCCCAGUUCCACUCCCAGUUCCGUGUAGGCGCCUUGCUUCAACAAGUCAUGCGCCUUUUGCAUUCCGUGUCUCACCACCACUGCAUCGCGCCAAAGACUCUGGUUCGCAAGUUACUCAUCUUUUCCUCCAUAUAACUACUUCCACGUGAUAUAUCGAAUCCUUCAUAUAACACCUUCCAUAAACCAUCAUAAUUUACUAAUUAGGUAGUCAGUUUAGAAGCCAGAAAGGGUGA